UUCCGGGUCCUGCGCAGGGUAAAGAUGGAGUCUUUAACAGCGCGCUGACACUCGGGGAUUUAGUCUGUUUCACGCUUAACUUCAGAUGAGUUAGACUCAGUGACAAGUUUAACGACGGAUCAGACCGAGUGCUGCGUAGCGUCUUAAUUUGCUCCGACUGCGUGGGGUGGGGGGAAGCUGCAAAAGUUUUUGUCCAGAAGCGCACGCAGAAUCUUGGUUCACUUUAUUAUCGCCGUGCAGCUUGGCAGGCGUAAAAAUCAUAUCUAAAGGCUGUCGAUCGACGAGGCGGGGUAACGGCAUAGCAAAAAUAAAUAUCUCUAAGUGCAUUGGGAGCUGCGGCUGUCCUAUCCAGCCGGUGGUGUUAAUGCCCAGGCGAUCGCACGGACAUAAACGAGAGGAGCGCGGGUCUGCUUAUAAUAAACUUCAAGACAAAGGUCUCGCAAAUAGGCACUGCUAGCAGCUAGCCGGGGAUCCACCGCCUGCUGCGAUCCCAGACCUCCGCUGGGUCGAAACAAGUUAUCGGGAGGUUCUCUGGAUUGAAUCAGCCGCUUAAGUAAGCUGUUUAGGGGGGAGACGCGCGAUGUCUUUAGAGGACUACGAGCGGCACUACGGCUCGCUGAACUCCGAAUUCGGCAGCGAGCCCCUGGAGAGCGACGGCAGAUCCGCGCCGGCGGCGUACAGCGGAGAGGAGGAGACCCUGCAUUACAUCCCCAUACGGAUCCUGGGAAGGGGCGCUUUCGGGGAGGCCACCCUCUACAGACGGAGUGAGGAUAACUCGCUGGUGGUGUGGAAGGAGGUAGACUUGAACUGCCUCUCAGACAAGGAGCGCAGGGACGUGAUGAACGAGAUCAGCAUCCUGUCCAUUCUGCAGCACAACAACAUCAUAGCCUACUUUAACCACUUCAUGGACAAGAACACCCUGCUCAUUGAGCUGGAGUACUGCAAUGGAGGAAAUCUUUAUGACAAAAUCAACCAGCAAAAAGGACAGCUCUUUACAGAGGAGGUUGUCAUCUGGUAUUUGUACCAGAUUGCUUCAGCAGUGGCUCACAUUCACAAAGCAGGGGUCCUUCACCGGGAUAUUAAGACGUUGAAUAUUUUCCUCACCAAAACGAACCUGAUCAAACUGGGCGAUUAUGGUCUUGCCAAAAAGCUGCACUCUCAGUUCUCCAUGGCUGAGACGUGCGUGGGAACGCCGUACUACAUGUCCCCAGAACUGUGCCAGGGUGUGAAGUACAACUUCAAGUCUGACAUCUGGGCUAUGGGCUGUGUCCUCUUCGAGCUGCUCACCCUCACCAGGACCUUCGAGGCCACGAACCCGCUGAACUUAUGUGUGAAGAUCGUCCAGGGGAACUGGACGAAGGAGGUGAACUCGGAUGUGUACUCCUCCGAGCUCAUCCAGCUGGUGUACGAAUGUCUGGAUCAGGACCCGGAGAACAGGCCGACCGCUGACCAGAUUCUCGACUGGCCCAUUAUCUCCAGCCGGAAGCAGGAGCUCGAGGAGAAGGUGGCACUGCUGAAUUCUGCCAACAAGAAGCCCAGGUUGAGCACGGUGACCGAGAGUCCGGUGGCUGUUGUGACCACACGAUCCCGGGAGGUGUACUUCUGGGGUGGGGGGAAGUUCACCCCCCAGAAGCUGGAUGCUUUCAAGGGGGGCAGUAGUGCCCAGCAGGUGUGCGCAGGGGAGACCCACUUUGCCGUGGUUACCGUGGAGAAGGAGCUGUACACAUGGGCAGUGAGUACCAGAGCCCUGUUAACUCUUCUGACCCCAGAUGAGGACCAGAUGUACAUGUUCGGCUCCAACUACUACGGCUGCAUCGGCAUGAGCGGCAUGGCCGGUGUGGAGGUCCUGGAACCUGUGCUGCUGAAUUACUUCCUGGAGCACCCGGUCAGGCAGGUGUCCUGUGGUGACAACCACGUGGUGGUUCUGACGCAGGACUGUGAAGUCUUCUCCUGGGGCUGCGGCGAGCACGGUCGUUUGGGGCUGGACUCAGAGGAUGACUUUUCCAUACCCAUGCAGGUGGACGUGCCCAAGGGGGCCAACAUCACAUCCGUACACUGCGGCGCCGACGGCACCUUCUUCCUCACUGAGUCCGGCAAGGUGCUGGCCUGCGGGAACAAUGAGGUCAACAAGCUGGGUCUGAAUCAGGGCAUUUCCGGCAUCAUGAACCACUCUGGAGAGGUGUAUCAAGGGGUCCCCUACACCACCUCGCUCACCCUGGUCAAGCAGCUGGCCCGCUUCAAGAUCCGGUCCAUUGCCCCUGGAAAGACCCACACGGCUGCCAUUGACGAGCGUGGGCGGCUGCUGACUUUCGGCUGCAAUAAGUACGGCCAGCUGGGUGUGCGGGACUUCAAGAGGCACACGGGGGUUAACCUGCUGGUGGGCCCCUUCGGGGGCAAGGUGAUCACCAAGGUGUCCUGUGGAGACGGCUUCACCAUUGCUGCUACGGAGGACAACCAGAUCUUUGCCUGGGGCAACGCAGGCAACGGCCGCCUGGGGAUGCCCGCCGACAAGGGCUUCGGCUCGGAGGUGUGCCCCGCCCUUCCCCGGCCCAUUUUCGGGUCCCUGCACCACGUUCCUGACCUGUCCUGUCGGGGGUGGCACACCAUCCUCAUUGUGGAAAAGGUUCUCAAUUCGAAAACCAUCCGUUCAAACAGCAGCGGCCUCUCGAUUGGCAGCGGCCUGGGGCAGGGCUCUACCUCCACCAUGGACCUGGACCUAGAGCAGGGUUUCGAGACGGGGCUGCGUGAUGGGGGCUCCGGAGGCACCGUGGAGGCCGACAUGGAGGAGCGUGGACUAGAGACGCCCAUGAUGUCUGUGGAGAACAAUGACAGCUCCUGUCCCUUCUGGCUACGAAAGGAGCUGCAGGAAGCAGAGUUCAUUCCCAUGCCAAAUGACUCCCAGGACUCCCUGCCCAAUCAGCUGCCCCUCUCCUUCUUGGAGAGCACCACCCUGCCCUACGAUGAGCUCCAGAAGAUUAAGGCAGCGGCAGCCGCAGGGCUCUCGAUGGCGCAUGUGGGCUGUGAGAAGGUGAAUGGGGUGCAGAAUGCUGGAGCCUGUAAGAAGAGCAGUGGGCAGCAGGGGGCAGUGUCAGACAGUAGCUGCUGUUCAGCCAGUGCCGAGGUGGCACAGCUGAGAGAGGUAGUGGCUCACCAGGAGGCCAUGAUUCAGUUGUUACAGAAACAGUUCAGCGAUCAGCUGAAGGAGAACGAGAAGCUCUGGAAAGCCAUUGAGGUCCUGAACAUCGGGGGAGCGAAUGGCAGCCCUGCCACCGGCAGCAACAGCGUCAGCGGGCGUCAGCCCGGGGGGGAUCAGGAUGUGGGUGGGGCUGAGGGGGCUGGUCCUUGAGUACGGACCCCGUGCCGGUUUCGGCCGACGGAGGCCGAGUGACCCUGAUUCUGUCCAAUAGGAUCCUUUUGUGACGGACUUCCCGGGAUGGGAUGUUGAAUGAGAGUGAUUGGUGAAGCCGUCUUGUGAAAUGUGGGACUAGUGCCAGGAGGCAAAAAAAAAAAAAGAACGAGUAAGGGAUUUGAAACGUUAGUCACCCCAUUCAACGGUGAGUUGGUCUCAUUCCUUAACUAGUCAAAGUCUUCGAUUUCUGUGCGUUGGUGUCGUAUAUGAGUGUGUAGGAGUUUAUGGGCUUGAGUGUGUGAACGGUCAGUCUGUUUUUACGGUGUUUCGUUUUAAGCUCAACUGAUGAUUUCUGUCAGUUUUUCUUUCUGAACAGGAUGUAACGUUGCCGGGAUUCAACGUUAAGCAUCUCUUUUUACGGUCAUAAUGUUAAGGUGGGAGGUGAGGAACCAGGCUUUGGUGGCCUUUGUAUUCCUCUGUUUUGCUCUUGACGUGCAGUUAAAAUGGUCGUCUGGUCCGUGAGGAUCUCGCACGCUCAGCAUGUGCUUUUAGCCGCUCAAAACCAGCGGUAUUCAUAUUUUGAACCAAAGAUGGACGUGUCUUUGCUGUUAAUUCGUGUUCUGUUUUUUUAUUAUUAUUAUUAUUAUUAUUAUUAUUAUUAUUCAUAGCUGCCUUAUACACGUAGCUCACAGGCACAACAUGGCCGAAUUUCUGUGGUGUUAUUUUGAAAUGUGAACAAAAUGCACAGCAAAAUUGCUUUAUCUGUUCACACUGGACCUGGUACCAUAUUCACUCCUCACGGUGUACAACUGCAGUAAAUAUUUAAGGAAAAACACAUUUGUCGUGUCAUGGACGAGGCCACUGAAAACGGUGGGAUACCACAGGCAUUCAUUUCAUAUUAAGGGCCUUUUGGAAAGAACAAAAUACUUAUAUUAUUCCCAAAUGUGUUUAAUAUGCUACAUAUAAACUAUUUACAUGUUAAGGUUAACAUAAUGGCCUCUGUCUGUGAGAACUGAGUAUUCUGUGCUGCAUAUUCAUAAUGGAUAUUGUGUCGACUUAAAAAUGUAUAUGCAAAUGUAUGAGCGAUUUACUGUAUAGACACUAAAGCGUGUCUAACACAUUGCGUAUAUUUUGUAAGACUUGUGAAAUAAUGGGUAACUUGGCAGUCCCAUACUUAUACGUGCGAAGCACAAUCAAACUACUGAUUCAUGGUUUAUUUUUAUAUUUUACUCUCUGCUCUUGCUUUUUUUAUCGAGCGCCGACGUUCAUUAGCGCAUUGAUGGCGAUGCGUGUGGGUGCCUUUUUAUUGGUCUAAAGUACGGCUCAUUUUGACCGACGGAACACUUUCGCACACGCCGGAAUAUUCCUUGGACUUGCUUGUCUUUGGUGAUUUCAGGUCUCAUGUUUUAACAAUAGGUGAUAAGCUAGAAUGUGUCGAGAGGACUUUGAAUUUCAUUUUCCUAAAUGUGGUACAUAUUAAUUUAAGCAUGUGCCUUUUAAUAAACUGUUUACCUUUUCAUUUUUGGUUUAAUACUACGUCAGUGUUUGUUUUAUUCCUUUAUUCGUUUAAUGCACUCUGGAUGUAUUCUCUCUGCUUGCUAUUUAAUUACGGUUCAUACUUGUGUGCUUUGUCACUUAUAUGACUUAGAGCAGGUUGGUAGCAUUCACCCCCUUUUUGUUAGAGUGUGACAGGAAACAUGGACUGUGCAUUCAGAUUUUGUGCCUUAACUCCCUUUUUUUUACUGCUUUUUACAGUGAGUAUUUAGCAGUAAUUUAUAACAAAUGUGUGCCCAUUUGUAUUUAUUUCUGCCUGUAAUUUUUUUUUUGGCUGCCAGAAUGCAAUAUUAAUACGGAGUUGGAUUAACAAAGUUCUGCGUGGUGGAAGAACGGCACAACGUUCGGCUUUAUUUAAAACGCGCCUUUGCAGUCCACUCCUCCUUAGGUUAUGCCUCAUGUAAAUAAAGGAUUCUUUUUUUG